UUCCCUGUUAUCUGUUGUUGAUCCCGGUCAUUUUGGAGUUUGCGGGGGGGGAACACCAUGCUACAUACGAUUAUUUUCUGUUAUGUUAAUUAUGGAAUGUGUUUAACCACAAUAUAAGAGAGACAUACACAUACAACAGUAACGGUGAAGUGGUGGAACCUUGUUUUAAUGUGUCCCCUUCGGUGUAGUUUGUGCGGUGCACCGUUUGAUUACCUAGCAACAGGAACAGUGGUAAACGUUGUAAGACAUGUUAACGUGUUUGUUUUGACAAAGGAUGUUUUCUCCAGCCUCAUCUCAGCCUCUUGAUGAAGAGACAUUCUACCUGAAGUGUAGAGCUGUCUACAUCUCUGUAUUUAGAUCCAGUUUGACGAGUAUCACUUCAAAACAACAGUUAUGCCGUGUUCUCCAAUUGGCUGGAAGGAAUCCCUCACUUAAAACUCUCAGCAAGUACUGGACGCCAGCCACUUCCAAUCUCAACUUUGAUGAUUUCUGUGAGAUACUCAAGUUGGAAAAGCAGACGGAUGAAAAUGAGCUUUUGAGAAUUUUCAAAGGAAUGGAUGCAAACGGAGAUGGCUUUAUAUCGCACAGUAAACUGGAGAAAGCCCUAACUACAAGUGGUGAGAAGAUGACAGCUGAGGAGAUCAGCGCCAUUUUCUCAAUAGCUGAUGCCAACAAAGAAAGCAAAUUAGAUUAUGCAGAGUUCUGCCGAAUGCUGGCUACAACGGCAGAGCGGUGCCAGUCCGAGGCUCUCGAGAGGCUGGAGGCCGAUGCCAAGAUGAGAAGGCAGAACUUCGGGAGCCAGAUAGAUGGCAAUCCAAAGAGCGCCACGUACUCGUCUGCAUCCCCCUCAGCAGCAGUACCCACAGCGACAACAGCAACCCUCCCCCAGCCUCCAUCGGAAUCACAGAGGCAAGAUUCUGACCCGGCACUCAAAAAAGAGAGUCGAACGCCGUCCCGCGUCUCCUCUGCACGCAGCCGCCGGUCGUCCCUAUCGUCGACCGGCGUCACCAUGACCGCCAGCAGCGUAAAAGCCGGUGGAAAGACACUGGAGCCCGCAGCGUUACAGAACUGGCAGCAUGUUGGUGUUAGAGGGUGCUUCUUCCUGGAGGAGGAGGAGGGCAGCAUCAGCUCCCUGCAGUACCGCUUCCACCUGCCCCAGCGGUCGUCCGUCUACCUCAGCAUCCAGCCCCUCAGCCUGGGCCAUCACACGCCUGGUAACUAUACAAACAAGGUUUCCUCAGGGAGCUGGAUGACGGUAGACACUGCUAUCUUCGUAACGUCAGCAGGGCAAAGCAAAGAGGAAUGUACCCUUGUGUGUUUCACAGAGGCCAGGGAUGAAGAAAGGUACGUGUGGUGUGGAGAGCUUGCCGCUGGGAGCUACUUCCUGCUGCCCUUCACCAGCGGCUGCAGGCUGAGGAGGAGGAGAAGAACGGCCACGCCAACCAAACCAGAACCACUGGUGUACCGCACAGACAGUGGGGAGCUGGAUCUUACCAGGGCGCUCCGGGAGGCGCUGUCUGACAUCUUUGACGUGAUCGACCUCGAUGGGAACGGCUUAAUCAGCCUAGAGGAGUACAACUUGUUUGAGCUAAGGACCAGCGGGGAGAAGUGUGACGAGGAAGCCUGGGCUAUCUGUAAAGUCUCAAAAUGCAGCUGUUGGUGCCACAUUUGGUUCUCUUCUACCAUGUCUGUUUGUUUAUCUCCUCGGCACGCGCCUGGCACCAGAGACCUUUGACACCAGGAGGAACCAGCUGACCCGGCAGGGCUUCAUGGAGCUGCACCUCAUGGAGGCCACAGAGAAGGACGGGGACCCGUCGGACCUCUGGCUCACCCUGGAGGCCAUGGGCUACAACCAGGCCCUGGAACUG